AUGCGAGGGCUUGUGUGGGCGGAGAUGGCCUUCCCGGUCGACCAUUUCAGCGUCAAUGAAAACAUGCAAGAAGAUAAGAGGACGUUUGAGACCCCAUCGAUGAGAGAUCAGCGUCGUGAGAGGUGUCUAUGGCUCGCUUGCCAAAUCGCCCAGAUUGGAACGUCAGAAGACGGGGUCAAAGAGGGACGUUGGGUCACGUAUGAUGCCGACACAAAGAAAUUUCGACCGGCUGCUCAGUACGUGUCGGACGUUGAAAUACGUCCUCCCGUCACCAAGGCCACGUACGAGGAUGUCCUCCCAGAGGAGCCCACAUUGUGGGGCGAUUGCUAG